AAAAAAAAUUAUUGAAGGGUUGCAUUUAAAAAUGUCUAUAGGUACCAAAUAUAUAUAUUUUUAAUCUCUAUGUCGCCUUACCUGAGUGUCGUUUUGAUUUUCAUCCUCGUCAGGAAGCAGAAAACUCAAGAUCAACAAAGAAACAAAAUCUUGCGUCGGUAGUAGCACCCACCUCCUCUGAGUGUCUGAAUCUGGAAAAGGACGCGUGAUAGGCCCAGUGGCCAACUCAUCAGUGACAUAAAUAGCAUGAUGACACAUAUCCAAAGCCUCUUAAUUAUUUAGCACCUUAGCAUCUCCUAUUUUCUACGUUUCAACGUGAUUCACAUGUUCUCAAAAGAAAUUAUUUUUAUCUAGCCAUCUCUUUGGGUUUUUUCCUGAUUAAUGUGAAAAAACGGAGGUGGGUUCUCAAUUUCUAAGCUCCUUAAUCCAAAAUAGAGAAUCAUAGAGAUUCGUUGACUAACCAAAAUUCCGUUGCUAUGGAGGAGCCGAACAAUGCUGGGUACGUAGCUUUAGGGGAAGCAUCCUUCCCAACAUUAGAUAAGUUCCAGAAGGUUUCUGUCAUACCUCUUGUUUUUCUUAUAUUUUAUGAAGUUUCUGGGGGACCAUUUGGAGUUGAAGACAGUGUCCAGGCAGCUGGACCUCUUUUAGCUCUUCUUGGUUUUUUGCUUUUUCCACUUAUAUGGAGUAUUCCAGAAGCCUUGAUAACUGCAGAAAUGGGUACCAUGUUCCCAGAGAAUGGUGGAUAUGUAGUUUGGGUUUCAUCAGCGCUGGGUCCUUAUUGGGGGUUUCAACAAGGUUGGAUGAAAUGGCUAAGUGGUGUUAUUGAUAAUGCACUAUACCCGGUUUUGUUUCUAGACUAUCUGAAAUCGGCAAUCCCGGCAUUGGAGGGUGGCAUCCCUAGGAUAGUAGCAGUGCUGGCUCUGACUGCGGCUCUAACUUACAUGAACUACAGGGGUUUAAGCAUAGUGGGGUGGGUUGCUAUACUGUUAGGGGUGUUUUCUCUGCUUCCUUUUGUGCUCAUGGGACUUGUGGCAAUCCCCAAACUGGAGCCAUCAAGGUGGUUUGUGGUGGAUUUCAGCAAUGUGGACUGGGGUUUGUACUUAAACACACUGUUCUGGAACCUCAACUACUGGGACUCAAUCAGUACUCUUGCAGGAGAGGUCGAAAACCCGAAUAAAACUCUUCCAAAAGCUCUUUUUUAUGCUCUUAUCUUGGUUGUUUCUGCGUACUUUUUUCCUCUUUUAAUUGGUACUGGAGCAGUACCACUUGAUCAGGAAAUGUGGUCUGAUGGGUAUUUUUCAGAAAUUGCUAAAAUUUUAGGUGGUGUAUGGUUGAGAUCUUGGAUCCAAGGGGCUUCUGCCUUUUCAAACAUGGGCAUGUUUGUGGCAGAGAUGAGCAGUGACUCUUUCCAGCUUCUAGGGAUGGCUGAGCGUGGGAUGCUUCCUGAGAUCUUUGGCAAGAGGUCUCGUUAUGGAACCCCUCUUACUGGGAUUUUAUUCUCUGCAUCUGGAGUGAUUUUGCUAUCAUGGUUGAGCUUCCAAGAGAUUGUUGCCGCAGAAAACUUCUUGUACUGUUUUGGAAUGAUUAUGGAAUUUAUAGCAUUUGUGAAAUUAAGGAUGGACUAUCCAGCGGCACCAAGGCCUUAUAAGAUACCUGUUGGAACAGUUGGAGCAAUUUUGAUCUGCAUUCCUCCAACCUUGUUAAUUUUAGUGGUAUUGACACUUGCUUCUCUCAAAGUCAUGGCUAUUAGCAGCGUUGCUUUGAUUAUAGGGCUUAUCAUGAAGCCUUGUCUUGACUAUGCGGAGAAGAAAAGGUGGUUCAGGUUUUCUAAAAUUUCUGACCUUUCAUCCAUCCAUUCUGUGUAAUGAACCAUGAAUGCUUGUUACAAUUUUGAUUUUCCCCUUCCUCUUUUUUCCCCUGUUCAUCUGAAAUGUGAAUGCAAUGCUAGCCUUCUUUAUCCUCUCAA